GUUCUCUGUACUCACCUUUUGUACUACCUGGAACCUGGGAAUGCCUUUGUCCGUGCAAUAUGGACUUCACAGAGAUCUACAAGCAAAGUGCCUCUCUUGUCUGCUUUUCACCCGGCACGCGGUUCCUCUUGACCGCAAUCCAAGACAGACUCGUAAUCCGACACGCUGAGACAUUUCAAAUAAUUCGCACCUGGGCCAUGGAAAAUACUGGAACGCCGACUAGCCUGGUUGUUUCUAACACUGCCGCCGCCAAGAUUAACACCAAAGGCGCAGACCCGAGCAAGGGUAGAAGAAUCAACAGGAGUGGAGGCAAUGAGGGUUCUGCAAGCGGGAACGAAAGCUGGGUCACUCAUGCUGGCUGGUCUUGCGACUCGGAGUAUGUGUUUGGGGCGUGUGCGAAGAGCGGGUUCGUGGAGGUCUUUCAAAUGCGGGACGAUGCAUGGCGAACCCGCAUCGACGCUGGGGCCGAAGGCUUGACGAAGGUUGAAUGGGCGCCUGAUGGACGCUCUAUUGUCUGCUGGAGCGAAUGGGGUCCUCCGCCCGAGCUGGCCGUAGGGUCUCGCGCGAGUACCAGUGCGGACCACAUCACGUGGAACGCGGACGGCAGCCUGCUCCUCGUGCGCUACGGUAGCGCACCGGACGCGGUCUGGCUCUACUCCUUCCCGCAACUGGGCGAAGGCGCCGCGUCAGCCACACGGCGACGGCUUGAGGGCCCGCCGCCCAAGCCGAAGCUGCGCACGGUCCUCGUGCACGCGUCGCCCGUCGCAUCGGCGCGAUGGAAUCCCGUGCGCCGGGGCAGCCUCGCCAUCUGCUGCGGCGGGGGCGCGCUGUACAUGUGGAGCGACGAGUGGGUCAGCGAGGAUCGCGCGGACGACCACGCACAUGCGCUAGCGGACAGCCGGCCGGAGGGAGAGGAGGUUGCUGAGUGUGUCGGUGUGCCAGCAAGUAGGUCUUCCACUCAUUAUCGACCAUGGACAGAGCGAUUCUGA